UGACGUCGUUGUCUGACGUCCACCUGAACUGCUCAGCAAAGCUCCUCGCUUUGAGUGUCAUGAUAGCCACAGGACAGACUGAGGUGAGGGGUUGGAAAAACUCGGUUUACGGCGGCGACCAAGCAAAAAGAAGGCAACAUUUCAUGAACUGAUUCGGUUCCCUUCGUUCACUAAAAUUAUUUUGUGCCAAUCGUUCGCGAACGAAACAAUACUCACGCAGGUAGAGUGAGAGAGGGAAAGAAAGAGAUUAACAGCUCCCACCCUACGCUUCUCCUGCCGGAAUCAAUAGCUCACCAAGGCCGAAGUUUGAGCUCAGUCGUUCAGUUGAUCAUGAGGGGAGGCGCUCCUCAUCAUUGUCUCUUGCUGGCUGUCCUGUCAGUGGUGAUUGGGUCCAGGGCUCUCUCGGCGUUCAGGAUCUGUGCCUACAAUGUGCAGAAGCUCGACUCUAAGAAGGUGUUGAACUACAGAGUGCUGCACACGCUCACACGGGUCUUGUCUCGGUGUGACAUUACCCUCCUCCAGGAAGUGGCAGAUUCAGAUGGCUUUGUUGUACAAACUCUACUGGCAUCACUCAACAGGUACAGUGGAAGGUAUGAAGGUUACCACUAUGGCUCGGUGUCCAGCUCCAGUCUGGGAAAGUCUCCUAAUGAUCUACAAAAGUAUGUCUUCACCUACAGGACAAAGACUGUUCAUGUAAUGGGUCAACAUCAGUACCAGAAUCACAAUCAAUUUGUUCGAGCACCAUUUGCAGUUUACUUCCACAGCAACACAACUGCUGUCAAGAAUUUUAUUCUGGUUGGGUUGCACGCGGAUCCAAGCAGCGCCAUCCAGGAGAUCGACCACCUAUAUGACGUCUUCAAGCAAGUGCUGAGCAAAUGGAAUGAGAAGAAUGUAAUGUUCUUGGGCGAUUUCCACGCGGGUUGCGCUUACAUGACUCGUCGCGACAAGAAGAACAUUCGACUUUUCACCAACAGCAGCUUCUCCUGGCUUAUCGGAGACAAAAUAGACACCACCAUCAAAGAUGAGACAAGCUGCGCUUAUGACCGGAUCGUCGUGUUUGGGAAGUCUUUCUUGAAAGCCAUCACGCCGUUCUCUGCCAAAGUCUUCAACUUCGCCACAGAGUUCAAAUUGACCAGGACGACCGCAUUGGAGGUGAGUGACCAUUUACCUGUGGAGGUGAGACUCAAGAACUCAGCCUUCCUCCUUCAGGCCACAUCGCUCCCGCUCCUGUUUACCCUCACCCUCCGCAACUUCCUGUUGUCUGGGUGAAUUAUAGUUCCUUUCAUCAUAGUGUCUUUCUCAUGAUAGUUCUUGUAUUAUGUGAGCACGACUGCUUUGCUUGUACCUACUUAGAACUUUCCUCUUGCUGGAAUUAUCCUGCUCUGAAUGAAGUCUUGAUCAUAUGGCACGUAAAUCUCUGUCUCCUCGUCAGGAUGCUGUUGUGUUUCCAGGUUGACAGACAUUUUUUAAAAAUGUGUCCUACGCUAUAUUGUCUUUAUCAUGGGAACCGCAUUCAAAUGUUAGUCACUGUAAAAAAAAAAAAAAGAUAACAUUUGGUAUUUUGAUCUUGAUGAACAUUUUGCGGGAGGUGGGUCUGUUUUGCGCAAAUAAUGACAAAAAUUCAAAGAUGUCAAUGAGAUCUCAAGUUGUUUUUUUUGUUCUUUGUAUGUUAAUUAUCAAAGGCAUUUGUUUGCUUUGUCAAUAUCAUUCUGUGAAAUAAAUUGUGACAAUAUAUGAA